AUGUUCUCUCUUGGGUGUUCCUGUGGUCGCCCGGAGUGCCAGACUCCACUUUCUCAGCCGCGAAAAGACUGCUUCUCCUAUGUCGUCUCUAUCGAUGGUCUUCAUGUCUGUCAUCCACAGAAUAUCAUUGAAUAUCAGAGUACCGGAGAAGACGAAGCCGAAAGCGGUACACAGAAACCCGUCGAGUAUGAGAGUACCGAAGCGGCAGCCCCUGAACGCGAAUCCCCCUGCUUGCUGCUUCAAAGACGCGGUAGAUCGAUCUCAGGAAUGCGUCUUGCGCUUUCGACUCCGACCCAGUCCACAUUGGUAGAUCUCUCAGUUCAUACAGCAGUUGAAAGCAACGUCGACGACCAUUCUGAUUCCAAAGGCGGCGACUAUGAACUCAUCAAGCAAAUCGGCAAAGACGGCGAAGGCGUCAUUCACCUCAUGAGAAGCCGAAGUGCACGCCGACUCAUUGUCCGCAAAACAGUCAAAUAUGCUAGGUCAGCCUACGGCAAACCAAUAGAGGCUGCCAUACUCCAGGACAUCUUGGCAGAACGCCACGACAACAUCAUUCGUCUCCAGGCCUUCGAGCCGUACCAAGCCUUCGAGUCGGACCAACUGGUCGACCAAUACCAGAAACAGGGCGUGCUGUUACCGGAACUCUUCAUCUGGCAAGCUUAUCAGCAGUUGGCCUCAGCCCUCGAGUUCCUGCACCGAGGCUUCGACCCCAGAUGCAGCGAUCCCGAUCGGCGAGGAGUUUGCCAUCGUGACAUCAAACCCAGCAACAUCUUCCUCCGUCCCACACCCGACUCCGACUACCCAGACGUCGUCCUCGCAGACUUCGGCCACGCGACUCUGGCCUUCGCCACCUACGAUCCCGCCGGGACAUCACUCUGGCAAGCCCCUGAGCUCCCGAGACACUCCCCCAGGGGCGACGUUUACUCCCUCGGCGCCGUCAUCCAUUUCCUGAUCCAUUUCAAGCCGCCCAUCGCCCAGCUGCCUGACGGAGCUUCCAACACCGAGAGCGUGAUGGACGCAUGGGCGGCAGCGCCAGAGGCGCGACAGCCGAUAAUGCAAUUCGUCGAGGAAUACAGCGAGGAGUUGAUCUGUGUGAUGUUGAUUGCGCUCGAGGCGGACGAAAAUAAGCGGAAGAAUGCGAGCCAGCUCUUGAACUUUGUCAGUGAUUGCAUCGAGCACAAGUUUCCGCCGGGCUCUGAUUUGCUGCGGAAGGCGGAGGAGUGGCCUAUGGCGGAGUGGGCUUUUGAUCAUAUGAUGCCUGCGGGCGGCGGGUUUGAAGGGGAGGAUGGGGAGCCCGAAGAAGAGGAUUCGGGUACGGAGCAGUAUUUUGAGAUGAUGGAGAGGUUUGGGUAUUGCAAUUCGAGGGAAAGUUCCCGGUCUCUUUCACCUGCUCCGUCUGAUCGGCGGCGGGGAGUCUCUGGGAGGCGCUCGAGAGGGCGGGAGACAUCUUCGAUUUCCUUACUUGGUGAGACGUAUUGA